GUGUGUGCGCCUUUCAAAGAUUGAAUUGAACCAUUCUCUUCAAUCUUGAUCUUCCAUGAAGUCUCCGUAGGCAGAGAGUGUAAGGGAGCUGUAAUUUGAACCGUAAUCGCCAUGAUUUCACCUUCACCUUAAGAGAGGAAAACCUCGUUUAUCUCUCCUUCGUCUGGUUUCUGCAAGUGAACGCAGGGCGGGACCAGAGAGAGAGAUAGAGAAAAGGGAGAAGGACUGGAGGGGAAGAGGAGAGAUGCCUAGCGUCGGUGUGAAGCUCUACAGUGUAUUUUUCAAAUUCCUCCUCAAACACCGUUUGCAGAAUCGUAUCCAAACCUCUUUUGAUGAUAGUAACCCUUUCGGUGUCACCACGCGGCCCGAAGAAUCAGUAGCUGCCGCUAACCCUUCCUUCACCGACGGUAUUGCCACCAAAGACAUCCACAUUGAUUCUCUUUCCUCCCUUUCUGUUCGUAUUUUUCUACCUGACACCUGCCUCGCCGCCUCCGAAUCCGAUUUCCACCCUCAAUCUAGGGCUAGGGUCAGGGCUUCUUCCAGGUCCUUAGAUCCGGAUUCCUCACAUUCUUCCGUCGAUGCCCAUCAUAAUUACCACCGUCGUAACAGCUAUGGUCCCUCCACCUCUCCCCCUGCUGCUGCCAAUACGGCUGAGCAGAUCCGCAGGAGCAGCUAUGGUGGUAGCAGCCAGGCCGAGAGCUUGAUUUCGAAACAGGAGACGGGAGGAUACAGGGGCUAUUCUCCUUCCUUGGACAAAAAGCAACAUUCUUUUCGGAAAUUGCCGGUGAUGUUGCAAUUUCAUGGCGGAGGAUUCGUUACCGGCAGCAAUGACUCAUCCGCCAAUGAUUUUUUCUGUAGACGGAUCGCGAAAUUGUGUGAUGUGAUUGUCAUUGCGGUUGGUUAUAGGCUAGCACCCGAGAACAGGUAUCCGGCGGCCUUUGAGGAUGGAUUAAAGGUUUUGCAGUGGUUGGGAAAGCAGGCAAAUCUGGCGGAGUGUAGUAAGUCCCUUGUCAGUAAACGCGAUCAGCACCGGAGAUCUGAUACUCAUCGGCAUCUUACUGACACCUUUGGUGCGUCUAUGGUGGAGCCUUGGUUAGCUGCUCAUGGAGAUCCCACCAGAUGUGUUCUGCUGGGUGUGAGCUGUGGUGCGAACAUUGCAGACUAUGUGACUCGGAAAGCGGUGGAGGCAGGCAAACUUCUGGAUCCUGUCAAAGUGGUGGCACAGGUCUUAAUGUAUCCCUUCUUCAUUGGUACUGUCCCCACACAUUCGGAGAUCAAACUAGCAAACUCUUACUUCUAUGAUAAAGCUAUGUGCAUACUUGCGUGGAAGCUCUUUCUACCGGAGGAGGAAUUUAGCCUAGACCAUCCAGCUGCCAAUCCUCUAAUUCCUGGGAGGGAACCACCACUUAAGUACAUGCCCCCAACGCUAACAGUGGUUGCAGAGCAUGACUGGAUGCGAGACCGUGCGAUUGCAUACUCAGAAGAGCUAAGGAAGGUUAACGUCGAUGCUCCUGUCCUUGAGUAUAAAGAUGCUGUGCAUGAGUUUGCAACACUUGACAUGCUCCUCAAUACCCCACAGGCCCAAGCCUGUGCAGAGGACAUAGCAAUCUGGGCCAAGAAGUAUAUUUCACUCAGAGGCCAUGAGUUCUCUUAUUAAGUGGGAUGUAAACAAAAGUGGCAAUAGUUGCAGCAGGAGCAACAUUUUUUGUGUAUUCUUAUUUCUUCUACGAGAUGAGGGUAGAGCCUCCCCUCCCCUUACUCAGCUGUUCUGUACACACGGUGUGUUUUUCCUGCCAAUCUUGCUUUUAGAGCUUUAGGUCUCUUUCAAUAUUUUUUUUUCAUGAAUUUUCUUUAUUCUUUUUUGUUUUUUUGUUUUUUUGUUUUUUUUG